AUGCUGAGCGUCUGGUGGGGCGUCAAUGGGAUUAUUCACUGGGAAAUUCUACCUGAUAGUUGUACCAUCACUGCUGAUCGCUACUGUCAACAAUUGAACCGGGUUGCUGAAAAACUCAAGGGAAAGCAGGAUCGAAUCUACUAUUUGCAUGACAAUGCCCGACCCCAUGUUGCAAAGUCGACCUGCGAAAAGUUGUUGGAGCUUGGAUGGAUUACCGUUCCUCAUCCAUCUUAUUCUCCUGACUUGGCACCAACGGACUACCAUUUGUUUCGUUCUCUUUUUCAUCAUCUGCGUGAGAAAGGGUUCGACGACGACGGCAACAACGUGAAAAUGGAUAUCGCCAACUUCUUUUGUCAAAAGUCUAAGGCCUUCUACGAACGCGAGAUCCUAACUCUGCCAGAGCGCUGCCGAUAA